AUGGCCCCGCUGCCAGCGGAGAGUCUCUUCUCACUGGAGCUGCUCGUAGACUGGCUGUGUCUUGAAGCAGGCGUGCUGCCUGCUCCCGUGGCUGCAGCGGAGGAGGCUGUUGCCACGCCGCCGUCCAGCCCCCUCUGCCUGGUCGCCUUCCGCCUGCUGGACUUCCCCACCUUGCUGGUUUAUCCUCCCGGCAGCCCUGCCCCGAGAGCCCGGCCCGGCAUGGUCAGCUUCGGUCGCGGCAAGUCGUGCCUGUUCCGCCUGCACCCGCUCACCCUGCGCAGCCUGCUCCUUCAGACCCCGCUGUCAGUGAUGGCCCUGCAGCUGACCCCCGGGGACCCACCGGCCACCCCGCGGCUCCUGGGCAGCUGUGGCGUGUCGCUGGCCACCGCGGCCCGCAAGGUCCUGGACCCUACUGCGUCGGCCCGCUCCCACGGCCAUCAGGGAAGCUUCCCCUUGUGCAGCUCCAAGGGGCAGCGAAUCGGGGACAUCGCGCUGCGCUACCGCCUGACUGACCUGGGCAGCUCCUCGCUGGAGCGUCCAUUGGGCCCUGCUGGACGUGGACAGGCAGAGGGGCACAAGGCAGGCGAGCUUAGCACCCCACACCUGCGGGGCGAGCAGCAGCCAAGUCAGCUGGCCGCAGGACCAAGCCCAGGAGAUGGCAGUGGACACCUGGCGGAUCUGACGAUCACUAUGGCUCAGGAGGACGGCGAGGACAUAGUCGUCCGCCGGGAUGGCAGCCCUGAAGGCCCUCCUGCCCCGAGCAAGGGCAAGACCAAGUCUGCUGCCCGCUGUUCAAAUCCUGCUAGUAGAUGUGAGAGCCCAAAUCAGGAAGAGCUGGACAUGGAAACCAAUACGUUUUGUCCUCCUCCUCUGUAUUACACGCAUCUGACUCCGGAAAAGACACCUCCUACUCCGGGCAAAAUCGCAUUUGCGCCACAAAUCCACGCACCUGAGGAGCUGGGUGAUAUGUUUCAAGAACAGUUUGUAAAUCCCCCAGCACAUAGCAGCCCUGUGAAAUAUGUGAAUGCUAAAACAAGUGAGAGGCUUUCAGGCCUUAUGAGUCACCCAACACAUAGUCAGGAUGUGGGAGCAAGUAAUCCAACACCAAGUCCCUCUCACACGGAGCAGAAUAGAAUAAAUACUAUAAGGCAGCUGCCCUUAUUAAAUGCUUUGCUGAUUGAGCUGUCCAUGUUAUAUAACCAACCCCUGACAAACCCAACUCACAUACAUCCUCAUCUCGCCUGGUUAUAUAGACCUGAGGAUACCAAGGCACCAGACUCGAAUGCCACAUCCUUGUGUAAAGCAGAACCCAAGGACAGGCUUACUUUAGGGGAGAAGGAAAAGUCAGCUCGUCCCCUGCAUAGAAAGAGUCAAGUUGAAAAUGCCAAGAAAAGUGUAUGUCUUGAAAAGAAAAGCAGUAUUCCCCCAAAACGAGUUCCAGGGGGGACGUUACUUUAUGGCAUAACAAAUACCCUGAAACUGCGUUUAAAGCAAACAAAUCCUGACAUGUUGGUAGUACAUGAAAAGAGAGAGCAGUAUCGAAAAUCACAAAUGUUGGGUACAAAGUUCAGAACCCCAUCCUCCAAAGUUAAAGUCUUAAAUUUCACAGAAUAUCGGAAGUCAAAUCCACUACCUGAAGGUCAGUGUUUAGCUUUAGAUGCCUCUUUUGCUGAAAAUAGCAAUGCUUCGAGGCAAGUUACUGGGGGUUUUGAUGACCCUAGUACAACUAAGCCUACCCUGAGACAUGCAACUGAGAAAAAGAAUGUUGAUUAUAGUGGGAAUAAAACCAGUAGUGGCUCAUUGGAUGAAAUAAGUGAGGGGAAAUCCAUCCUUUCAGAAAAGUUUACUCAUACAAACAUAACAGAAGGAAAAAUGGAGCCCAAAGUGCCAAGUCAAUGUGUUUUCCAACAGGAUGAAAUUAUUGACAAAAUUGUAAGUCAAGAAAGUGCUGAUCAGCAAAUCAAAACCACAGGCAAUGACAUUCUAGGUGCUGGUAGAAGUGAAAGUAAACAAAGUAAAAAUAGUUGCUCUGAAAGCAUCUCAGAACUGAAAUACUCUGAUGACUUUACAAGCCCUGGCUAUUCAGAAGAUUUCUCUACAACAGAGGACACCAGCAGAAGUGUACAAGCUCGUGAAAGCAGCCCAGAGGAUCCCGAACAUUGUCAUUAUACUAGUAAGUCUAGCGAAGGUAGAUUGUACAUCCAGAAGAACAGCAGUGAGAAAAGUUCUAUUCUUACCCCACCCUUUUCAGCUGGGUCACCAGUUCACUCGUGGAAAAGAUCUCAUCCUUCCCAGACUCCGGUUAAAAGUUUUGAGGAAGCAUCUACUACUUCUACCAGUGACUUUUCGUCAUCACGUUGGAUUGAUGAAAAUGAUAAUCAGAUAGGCAAAACUAGUACCUCUGAGCCUAAAGUUAUUAAAAGACGUCAAGAUGUUAAUAUUCAGUUUAAAACAAGGACUGAUUGUAAGUCUUCAGAAAAAAGUCAAUCACCAAGGACAUCUCAAGUGAGUUCGUAUUUGCCAUCUAAUAUGUCAGGGUUAAAACUCAAAGCCCUGGAUAGCAGCACAUCAGAUCAAUUUGAAGAAGACAGUGAGGAACUUCCUUCACUGAAUAUUUCCAAGCAAUGCAAAGAUAUUUGUGAAUUAGUAAUAAAUAAACUUCCAGGAUAUACAAUGUAA